AUGGCAACAUCAACCAUCCAAAUUGAGGACCCCAUACAUGCUACGAGAUCAAUCGCGAGUAGUACUGGCGUUGGUGGGGUUUAUCCAAUUAGAGCUAUCUCGACGGACCGCCGUAGCCACCGGAGAAGUAUCGACCAAGAGCACCAAAGAGAGGACGAGGACUCGGGAUUACGUCGUGCGGGUGAUUUCAAAAAGAAGCAGGUAUGCGUGUAUUUGUCUUCAGACAAUCCAAUCACCUUGAACCCUCAUACACGUUUUGGAGGAUUUGGAAGGACCAGAAAUAACAAAUCUGGAUUCUUUCCACCCUUUGAAGGUGUUUCUGAAUUUCUCUACACUGUUUCAUUCUUCUUGUGUCUACAUAUUUUCGUUACCUCAUACUCCAAGCCCUCAAAAAAAAGGCCUACUCAUUUAUAUCGCCCUAAUAGGUAUUUUCCGGAAAAUAUUUGCUAUGGUUAGCAUAUCAAUCAAUCGGAGUCAUAUACGGUGAUAUAGGUACCAGCCCUCUAUAUGUAUUCUCGUCGACUUUCACCGAAGAGCCCUCUCACGAGGAUUUGAUUGGUGUCCUGUCUAUCAUCAUUGUGAGUUCUUUUCAUUUAUUCAUGGUGAAGCAAAUAGUUGACCAUUGAAAAGUGGUCUUUGACGAUAAUGGUGGCCAUCAAAUAUACACUAAUCAUUUUACACGCGGACAAUGAUGGCGAGGGCGGAACAUUUAGCACGUACUCUCUCUUGUCCAGAUACGUAAGGUUUCUCCCAACAAUUCUUGGGACAAUACUAAAGAUCUCCAAGGCCAAUAUCACGAAACGCGAUCCCCGAGAAGCAUCACUCAUCAAAAUGGAACGUCAUCUGACAACUGACCUCUACAAAGCAAAUCGUCAGGUUCGUUCCGGGAUCGAAAACAGUCGUUUUGCGAAGGGACUUUUGAAGACCAUCGGUGUUCUCGCAGUUUCCAUGGUGAUGUCUGAUGGUGUAUUGACACCAGCCCAGUCCGUCCUUGGAGCCGUGCAAGGGCUCCAGGUUGUCAAACCGGACAUCUCGAAAUCGGCAGUUGUGGGCGCUACCUGUGGGAUCUUGGUUCUUCUCUUUUUGAUACAACCUCUUGGUACUACGAAACUUGCGAGUGCGUUUGCACCUAUUGUCAUAGUUUGGCUGGGAUUCAAUGCCACGUUUGGGAUUUACAACUUGGUCAAGUUUGAUCACACGGUGCUGAAAGCUUUUAACCCUGGAUAUGCUUUUGGUAAGUCUCCUCUAAUUCGUGACCGUCGUAAAUCAGUUACUCAUGGUCACAAGAUCUAUUCAUUCGGCGCAAGACAACAGCGUGGAAAAUGCUCGGUGGUAUUCUCUUGGCAUUCACAGGAGUCGAGGCUCUCUUUGCGGAUCUGGGUGCUUUUAGUCGAAAAGCGAUUCAGCUUUCCUGGUUUUGCUAUGCUUUCCCAUGUUUACUCUUGGCGUAUAUUGGUCAAGCUGCUUACAUCAAAGAUCAUCCGGGUGCUUAUACAAAUCCAUUCUACAAUGCCGUUCCCCCUGGCAUGCUUUAUCCAUCCCUGGUGGUCGCGAUCUUGGCUGCUAUUGUUGCUUCCCAAGCUAUCAUCACAGCAACAUUUCAAGUAAGCCUUAUUCGUGCCCUUCAUCUGAAGAUGGUUGCUGACACUUCUUGUAGCUUAUGGCUCAAGUUAUGAAGCUGUCUUAUUUUCCUCAAAUCAAAGUCGUUCAUACCUCAAAGAUCUUUCACGGUCAGCUGUAUGUUCCAUUGGUGAACUGGCUUCUUAUGAUUGGAAGUGUGGCAGCAGCUGGGAUCGCAAACAAUGUGGGUUUUACUCCCGACGUCUAUCAAGUACAGAGCUCAUCAAUCAUUCCAGACUACAACGCUUGGGAAUGCUUACGGGUAAGUCGCACUUCCAUCUUUUCGAUGCUACCAACAAGUAGAGCUAACUGAUCGUCUUCAACCCAGCGUCUGUGUCAUGUUCGUAACCUUCUUCGACAGCUGCAUGGUGGGACUCGCUGCCCUGAUAGUGUGGCGUCGAAGUCCUUACCUAGUUUUCUUCCCUUGGCUAGUCAUAGCCUGUCUCGACGGCCUAUACCUCUCCUCCUCGCUUAUCAAAGUACCCGAAGGAGCCUGGUUUACCCUUAUUCUCUCCGCUGUUCUUACGGGAAUUCUAAUCCUUUGGCGUUUUGGUAAAGAGCAGCAAUGGGAUGCCGAAACCUCCGAUCGUUUUCCCACUUCUCAUCUCGUAAGAGCUAAUGAGAAUGGAUAUCUGAGAUUGACAGAUGCUUUCGGGGGUGAGACGCUGAGUACUAUCAAGGGGUUGGGGAUUUUCUUUGACAAAGCUGGGGAGACUACGCCCCUGGUUUUCAGUCAAUUUCUGGGCAAAUUGGUUGCUGCUCCAGACGUGAUGGUUUUCUUUCACCUGCGGCCUCUUGAGACCCCUAGUGUGGCGCCCGACGAAAGAUAUAGUGUUUCGCGUCUUGCUAUUCCUAAUUGUUAUCGGUGAGCUUUUCCCCUCAUGCAAUUUUUCUUGUCAAGGGUACCGCUUCAUAGGCCCACGUGGUUUCGGCUACAGGAGAAAAGGGGUGGCUUCGCUUAAACAGCAAAGGAUAUAUUCACAGCCCAAUUUUUCUGAGGACAAGCUUACUAAUCAUGUUCUCUCUAGUCUAAUAGUACGCCAUGGUUAUAUGGACGAAGUCAUAACACCUGAUUUAGCAUCCCUAAUUUGCACCCAACUCCGGUCCUUCAUUCUCAAAUCCUCUCUCCCAAAUCCAGAUCGACCCAUUUCAUUCGAACCUUCUGUUACACCCCCUUCCGCUACAUCUGACACCCUCUCUGAGAAAUUAGACAAAUCCGAGCAGGACAAAAAAGACCAGAAAAUCUCACAGGACCUCAAAAUGCUGGAGCAAGCCUAUGAUCAGAGAGUUCUGUAUAUCAUUGGCAAGGAACAAAUGAAAAUCAGACAUGGAAGUGGGUGGUGGAGACGUGGAACUCUUAGUGCCUUCUUGUGGAUGAGGGAAAAUACUAGAAGCAAAAUUGCAAAUUUGAGGGUGGAGACCGAGAGAGUUGUUGAGGUGGGGUUUGUCAAGGAGGUCUGAGUUUUCGGCGUGUCUUGCGUUAGAUUUGGU